CCCACAGAUAGUUCCUCGCCCCGCAUCAGUUCUCUACUUUUCCCUGCGCGGCUCACUGUCACACGGCCGUGCUUACCUUCAGAGUCCCUUGCCGGUGGCUUCUUCUUCUUUUAAUUAUUAUUAUUAUUAGUUUUUAAUUUAAAUUUUUUGCACACCGGCAGAUCUUUGCGCUGCUUCCCCCAGGGACCGACUUGCUCCCCAUCUGCGACCUUGUUCCCUGUACUGAUUUCCAAUGGAGGGAGCGGAUUGCGGCAGGGAGAGCCGAGCACCGACAGCAGCGCAUUGAACGGGCGAGCCGUCAUGUAUUAGCGGGCAGGCGGCACUUUGGGAGCGAGUUAGAGAAGAAGAAGCAGGAGAAGCAGCAGCAGCAGCAAACAUGAGCGGGGGAGAAAUCAUCUUUCAGGGCUGGCUGAGGAAAUCACCCCCGGAGAAAAAGCUGAGGAGAUAUGCAUGGAAGAAACGGUGGUUUAUACUUCGGAGCGGCCGAAUGAGCGGCGACCCUGACGUCCUCGAGUACUACAAGAACGACCACUCGAAGAAGCCCAUCCGGGUCAUCGACCUGCACUGCUGCGAGCAGGUGGACGCCGGCCUGACCUUCAAGAGGAAGGAGUUCCAGGACAGCUUUGUUUUCGACAUCAAGACGUCGGAUCGCACGUUUUACCUCGUCGCCGAGACGGAGGAAGAGAUGAACAAGUGGGUCCGCUCGAUCUGCCAGCUGUGCGGUUUUAACCAGUCGGACACCACUCACGAGAGUAGAUUACACCAUAUGCCCCGAUCUGUCGGAGCAGAUGUCCCCGGCUCGAUGGCUCCUCUGAGCGGCGAACGGAAGUCGUCGGCGCCCGUUCACUCCAGCCAGCCGAUGCUCUUCACCUUCGACGUGCCGGUGCGCCAGUUGCACCACGGCUCCCUGUCCAACAGCGCUCCUCAGGACUACCUCCUCCUCCACCAGUGCAUGAGCAGGAAGACGGAGAGUGCACGGAGUGCCAGUUUCUCCCAAUCCACACGCAGCAAUAUGUUACUGGGCAACGACUCCCCGGUGCAGAAACUUUCCUACGGCUAUUCCAACGGCCUAAACGGCACGGGCGCUCAGCUGCACGGCUUCUACAGCCUCCCCAAACCUGGAAAGCACCAGCUGUCCGUGCACGACGACUCCUCGCAGGAGGCCUGCUACGUCCUGCCGCGGGGCUACAGCUCCGAGGCCCCGCCUCACAGCAGCCUCGGCGACCCGGACUUUGAGAACGAGGAGGUGUACACUUUUAAAACGCCGUGCAACGCCCUCGCCACGAUGCACAGCAACGAGCGGUCGCCGGACAAUUACGACUUCCCCACCACGCCCGGCUCCUUCUACCAGAUCCCACGGACGUUUGACAAGAACCACAACUCCCUGACGCCCUCCAGCUCCGAAUCCUCCUGCGCGCCUCCACCCAGGCCCCCUAAGCCUAACCAGGGGUCGGAGGGAACCUGGGGGAGUCCCCAGUCGGCGGGGAGUCAGAACGGGGAGAUGACGUCUGCGGUCUCGGCCCUCCCACGCAGGAACACUCUCCCCGCCGUUGAGAACAUCCGGCUGCACAGAGGCUCCUCCUUUGAAAUCAACAACCACCAUCGUUUGUUCCACUUCAACAACUCGGGCCAGUCUGUGGAGUCUGUGAACGACGGCUUCAGCUCAUACCUGAGAAGUCAGACUCCUUUGACUCGCUCGGACAGCGGCAAUUCAGAUGACAACUAUGUCCCCAUGAAUCCUGGCUCCUCGCCGCUCAGCGCCGCCCAGGCCGACAGCCCGAAGGACGUCUACAUCCCUAUGAGCCCUGGGCCGCACCACUUCGAUUUCCCAGGGUUCUCUGCAACAUUACCUGCCCGCAAGGGGAGCAGCGCGUCCUUGUGUCACAGGCCCGGUCGUCUGAGUGAUGUUACACCUCCUCCCAUCAACCGUAACCUUAAGCCUAACAGGAAAUCGAAGCCAACACCUCUUGAUUUAAAGAGCAACGGGAUCAUAGACGAGCUGCCGUAUAAGAGCCCCGUCACCAUGUCCUGGACUCGGCCCAUGCAUGAGCUGAACUCCUCCCACCACUGUCGACCCAUUUCCACGCAGAGCAUCACCAGCACCGACUCUGGGGACAGCGAGGAGAAUUACGUGGCUAUGCAGAAUCCAGCAUCUACCUCCCCAGCCGUGAGUGGCACCAGCAGCCCAGCCCCUCGGAAGUCUGGGAACGUGGACUACUUGGCUCUGGAUUUCCAGCCUGGCUCACCCAGCCCACACAGAAAACCCUCCACGUCCUCUGUGACAUCUGACGAGAAGGUGGAUUAUGUGCAAGUGGACAAGGAAAAGACCCAGGCGCUUCAAAACACCAUGCAGGAGUGGACCGAUGUACGGCAGUCGGCUGAGCCCGUCAAGGGCAUCAAAUCCUGACACUGACUCAUGCAAAAAAACUGAACAAAAACCAAAAAUGCAUCGUUGAGUCAAGGAUCUCCAGGAUUGUGCUCUGACCACUACCGUAAUAAAUAGCAUUUGGACUUGUUAAAGACCUACAUUUUGGGACUAAAAGCCAUAAUGAUCCUCUGCCUGUUCUCUCUGUGAUAUUUAUUACUGCACUGCGCUGCUAGCAUGCAGGAUAUCAGGCCAUACAGGUAAAAGCGAGCUGCCAAAGCUUCAGAAGAGUGUAUAAAAAUAUCAUAUUCACUAUCACUCCAAGUCUUCUUGAAUAUAUUGUGUGAUUAAACCUGUCCCACCAUGCCUCAGCAGAUAUCCGUUUUGGGUGCAUCCAGAUGGCAAUUUGCUCCGAAGCAGCAGCACUGGCUAACUGGUCUAACUAUAUUAAUAUACUGUGACAGUACGUGUACAGGUCUCAGGAAUGACAUGAUGCUCUCCAAUUUGGGCACACUUUCUCCCCCCCUCACCCCCCCACUUCAAUCUGUCAUUUGUGCUGAGUCUUGCAGUAGCAGUAAGGAGGAGAUUAUUUUCACCGCAGGCAAUCAUUUCAGCUUAGCGGUGCAUGUCUGGCAAGAGGAGAGGGGAGACAGAAAUAUAGCCAUUCAAAUAUGCAAAGGGCCCGUGUCAAGAUUGCCUAAUGAUAACUGCACAUGUCUGUUGCCUCAGUUUCAAUUAGGUAGGAAACCAGACCAGAUUUAGAAGCUGUCAGGCUCAGGAUGGCAGUCCAAUUAUUUUCAUGUUGCCAUAAAGUUAUUAAUGUUCAGAUGAGCAGAAUGAUGAGAAUAAAACAUUUUUUUUUAAAUCCUUUCACUUUUAAGGGCAUAUAUCAUCAUUGCUAUAGCUUUUUGUUUUCAGUGGUGUUGAGAAGUGUAUCUUACUGCAGUUAUAUUCAUUUCCAUAGUCAAAAUGAAGACAUUUGUCAAAAAGAAUUAACAGAAGCCAGCCAGUAGAGUGAUAGUGUUACAUUUGGGAAGCCAAACAAAGGUACAGAUAGCAGAUUAUCCUGCUCAUAUUUGAAUUCAUGAAGUAAGGACGUAGAUAGCAAUGGACUCUGUGAUGAGGAGUCCAGGAGAAAUGUUGCCAGAGAGCAACAGAGAGGAGAACUAACAUACUGCCACCCUAUGGAGCAAUUAGAAAGUGAAAAAUGAUUGCACUGGAUUCAGAUAGGAAUUGCAUUGACCAGCAUUGUUACUCGGAUGUGCACGAGCAUGCGUAGGCCCAUUUCUAAAAGUAGUAGGCUGACACAGGGGUUGUGCCAGUCUCACUUUUCUCCACAUAAUCUGUCUGUGUUUUAUAUUAGUCGUGAAGGUUUUAUGGCACCACAGCGGUGUAGCAGGAAGGGAGUUAAAAUACUGAUAUACAUUCAGACUGUAGCUGCAAUCACUUUCUCCUUGAUUUCCCUCAGACAGAGAAAAAGAAAGUCACAGAUUAUUGAAGGUAAAGAUACAGGAAGUUUAAGUAUGGGUUUUGAUUUAGCCCAAUCUGUGAACUUCAGAAGAUUUCUUUUUUUUUUUUUUUUGGGGGGGGGGGGGGGGGGUAUUUUUACACAUAAAAAGUCAAACACUGCUGUAAAAGAAAGCAUUAUCCUACCUGAAUAGCUUUUAAGUUGACAGACAACUGUAGUUGCCUUGAUGGUCUGGCUGUUGACUCCCUGCUCAAGCUACCUGUAAUGGCCAAGGCAUAAACUGUGAUGGGUCUUUUAUGCUAAGGUUUGGGUUGUUCUUAUCCUUAAAUCGGAAAUUCCAAUUAUUUCAUAAUCCUGGGAAAAAAAGACUUUCCAACUGAGCGAUUGAGGAAAAAUCAGUUCUUCUGUUUACUUCUAUAGAGUGCACCCACAUUGCCUGAAUAGAUUAUCUCAGCAGCAGGAGAACACUCUCUAUCCUUUUUAUGGCUCACCAAUAGGAAGUCAAACUUCCAUUUGAUCUUUAUUUUAAUCAAAAAAACUGUAUGCAUCCUAUUUUAUGCCUUUAAAGCAUGACUUUGCCCUUUUUAAAUAAUUUUAAAGUACAGUUCUCUGUAACUGUACACUGACCGAGAAACCUUAGUAGAUGGGAGUAAAACCAAAGCAAGAAGUGCUCCAUUACGCAAAGUUAGUAGAUGGACAGCAGCAUAUGUCAUGCAUUUACUGCAUUGUUGUCAGGCUUAACAUUCCCCACACUACAUUUCUGAACAUUAUUACAUGUAAAUUAUUCACAUAAUGAGAUAUUUAAGUGCAUCUUGACUGUUUGAAAUUCUUUGCACUUGUGUGGUACAAAAAAGUGCGCUAGAUUAAUUAACAUGGGAACUCAUCAGUAAUGGUAUUUGCAUAAAAUAUAGAAGUGCAUUUUGAAUACUUCUGUGUUUCUGUGAUUUGCCUUAUAUUUUCGUUUUCUCUUAGAAUGUAGAUCCUGAUAUGAAAGAGUUUGAUUACUCAAUUGUCUGUUCAGAUGAGGACCACGUUGUAUUUAGAACCACUGAGUGAUCAGUUUCUAACUGAAGUGAAGUCCAGUAUUUCAUUGUGGGCUGGAACCACCUAAUAAGAAUAGUAUAGCCAUGCGGUGCUGGAUGGUGUUAUCGGUUAUUAUUUACAUUCUAAUGUUUUUUCUACACUUUUUACGUUUUUUCAAAAAUCUUUUUAAUCAUAUUUCUUAUUAUGGAUUAAUGUAACAAAAUGUGAUGUACAAAUGGAGAAGAUCAGGCUAAAUUGAGCAAAAAUGUGUUGGAGAUUGUGUUUAAUUCUGCUUUAAAUUCGAAGAUGGGCUAUUUAAGAACCAGUCAUGAAUUUGGGAUGGCUGGAUGUUGUACGCCCAGGCUGAUUGUUAAAAAAACAAAACAAAACAACCUCCCCAGAUAAGCUGUGAUGUACAAAGAGGGUAGAAAAGAUUGAAGAAGAAGAGCUUGUCUACCUGUCAGUCUCUGACGUGAAUUGGGGGUAUAAUUUAUUAUCUGGAGAUGCUCGCUGCAAGCAGGGGAGCUGUGUACGUGUUGUGGUAGAUUGUAAACUGAGUUAUGUUCAGUGACAGCCUUGCAAGGCGGGACUGAAAACGGCGCUCAGAUCUACUGUCAGAGUGAUGACGUACUGUACUGAUAAAGAUCUUUUUUUCUUUUCUUUUUUUUAAAAAACCACUGUUAUUGCUACUACUGUAAAGCGUUUGCAGACUGCUUGUGUGUUAACUUAUUAAUUUAUAGUGUGUUUUAAAGUUAAUUGUGGGGGGGGGGUGACGAAAAAGGAGUAAGGAAAAAUUCUACUAACAUUAGUGUAUAUCUUCACAUUUUUUAAAGAGUUUGAGAAGUUAUGCAAGUGUGACUGCAAUGUGGUACAGUUAAUUUGGGAUACACAAGUAUACCUUGUCAUUCAAAUAUUAUGUAAAACUUAAACUGUGGAAAUAGAAUAAAUCAAGGAGUUAAACUCUGGUGGUAA